CUCACUCGGCUAUUUCAUUUCCUGCUUGUGAUGUUAUGGCGGAGAACACCGAGAACAACUCCAGAGCUGAAGAAUCUGAAGCAAAUGUAUAUCCUACUAUAGCACAGCUUCAAAGUCUCUUGGACAGCAGACGAACCUCUUCCACUCACCGUGUGGAUGAAGUGUGGCCAAACCUCUUCUUAGGAGAUUUGAACACUGCCAAUAACAGGUAUGAACUGUGGAAGCUAGGCAUCACACAUGUGCUAAAUGCAGCUCAUGGACGAAGGUAUUCUGAAGGCAAUUCUGACUUUUAUGGGGCAAGCAUCAUAUAUUAUGGUGUGCCAGCUAAUGAUGUGCCCGAGUUUGAUAUGAGUAAAUAUUUCUAUUCGGCAUCAGAAUUCAUUCACAAAGCAUUGACCACACCAGGAGCCAGGCUUCUGGUACAUUGUGUUGUUGGUAUCAGUAGAUCUGCAACUCUGGUUCUGGCUUACCUAAUGAUCCAUCAUCAUCUCUCCCUUGUUGAAGCCAUUCGCACAGUACAGAAGAACCGCUGGAUAUCCCCCAACAAAGGUUUUCUUCGGCAGCUUCUACACCUGGAUGAAGAACUCUGUCAGAUUAGAGAAAACCAGACUAGAUUAGAGACAAACCAGCACGAAGGGGGAAGAAGUGAACAGAAGAGAGCAUAACCUACAUUUUUUAGCAUGAUUACAUUUAUUCUAUUCAAAUGCUGGACAGCUUUAGUUUUUUUUUUUAUUAUUACAUUCUACUUUAUUAUGGAUAAAAAAUUAGUGCUUAUUAUUUUUGUGACCAUUGGUCUUCUAAAAUUUUCAUUUUUCACUGCCUUUACAUACUGCUUUUUACUGAAAUCUAUAUUCAGUAUCCUGUCUAAGGCUACUUUGAAAUCUGCAUUUUUGCUGGAACCGUCAUGGAUCAGAAAAAAUGCUUGAACGGAUCUGGUUGUAGGUGUAUUAUCUCUAAAAUAGCCAUGACGGAUCUGGCACUAAAACAAUUGUAAGUCAAUAGGGGCCGGAUCCAUUUUCUUUCCGAGAAAACUUACAUGCUUGCAGAUGCUUGCGAUUUUCACGCAGCCCCAUUCACUUCUAUGGGGCCGGUGCUGCGUGAAAAACGCCCAAAAUAGAGCUUGCUGCGAUUUUCAUGGAAUGCACAAAUGAUGCGUGAAA